UUACAGUGCAUACAACUGGAUCACCUAAACUGUGGCUGAAGUUUAUCUUGUUUUGGGGUUUCAAUGAUUAUGAUGCUGAACAUAGCGAUCAUCAGCUGGUUUUUGAUGAAUGUCAUGGUGAUGGCAUCACAUCCAAACCUGAGACGUAGUGAAAACUCCUUUGCUCUAUCUGACACUGACUUACUACCUGGAGUGGAAAACUUUGAAAUAAACUCAGUAGAAGAAAAACUGCUAGAAGAGCUUGGAUCCUAUGAUGAGGAUCUGGGUAAAGCUGUACAGCUGCAGAGAAGAGGCACACGUUCCCCCAGCCGCUGCAUCCCUCAUCAGCAGUCCUGCUUGGGUCAUCACCUGCCCUGCUGUAACCCCUGUGAUACGUGUUACUGUCGUUUCUUUAAGGCCUUCUGCUACUGCCGUAGCAUGGAUCACACCUGCAAACAUGAGUAUGCAUAGAGCCUAUUUCUACACUGAAAUAACUAAUUGUGUCUUUACAUUUACAGUUUGUAACUCUAGAAUGUAUAUGUGGAUAGUGUAAAUAUACAGCCUCACACUAUCCAUAGGGAAGUUUGUUACAAUAUAACAAAUAUAAUGGUUGAUAAUGUUUAAUAAUAAAGCUGCACAAAGCAUAAA